CUUUUGGGGUUUUUGAGUUUUUUAGGGUUUCAGUCGCUGAGAACAAUUUUCUUCUUCUUCUUCAAGCAGAGACGCUCUCUACUCAACCAACAUGGAUCCUAACAUGGCAAACAACCCAGAAUUGCUUCAAUUCCUCGCCCAAGAGAAAGAAAGAGCAAUGGUGAAUGAAAUGGUGGCGAAGAUGACAAGUGUGUGUUGGGACAAAUGCAUCACAAGCGCACCGGGAAGUAAGUUCAGCUCGAGCGAGAGUUCUUGCCUCACUCAUUGCGCGCAACGCUACAUGGAUAUGAGUAUGAUCCUCAUGAAACGCUUUCAGUCGCAGUAAGAUUGAUGAAGUUGAUUUGUUAUCAUACUUGUUGGAAUUUGAAUUUAUCCUUUUUGUGUUUCUCUUGGCAAGUGUUAAAAACCUUUUUAUUACUCUAGUGAUCUUGCAAGAGUAUUCUCGGAUAAGUGUUUUUAGGACUCCUUAUUCUUAUGUGAUUGAUGGCUAUUAAUAGAGUAUGAAACAUUUGUGGAAUAA